AUGUCUGAAGGCACUUCUGCAAAGUAUUGGGAACGAAAUUUUAUAGCGAUGUUAUUUUUUGUUCAGUCCGAAGAUUGGAGCCUCUUGAACUUCCUAAAGUAUCUUGACUCAGUGAAGAGUUUGGACGACCGUUCUGAAGCACAUCAUAAGUAUAAACUUCUUUUGAAUAGUAUCAAGGAUAAUAAAGAAAUGUCGGAAGAAAAAAGAAAAAAGGCUGAACAGGCACUAGGAAAGAGGAAGGAGUGUUGGUUGAGGCUGAAGAACCCUGCCAUUGAGGUGGUAGGCACUCGUGCUAGGUUGAGGCUGAAAAACCUCUGUCGAGGCGGAAGGUGCACCUCUGGAUUGUUUUUAGAUGAAGCGAGUGAUGUUUUAGUUCUCAGCAAGAGAGACAAUCUUAGGAGACUACGAUCAGAUUUUGAAAUUGGAGACAAUAUCGAGGGAGAUAGACUGAAAAAGAUCCGUACUGUUAUAUUCGAUGAACAUGUGGAGACCAAAACGUUUAAUAACUCAUUUGACGAAUUUGUUGACUCCGGCGAGACUUCUGGUGAGACUACAGAAAUUGGCGUGAGACAAUGUCAGCGAUAUGGACGCAAUAUUAGAAUAAAGAUGGAGGAAAUUAAACGAAACAAGCUAGCAAUUGCAAAGGAUGAAAUAAAGGCUGAAUAUUCAGCAAAGUAUCACAAAUUGCGUCCAGAGAACAAAUGGAAAUUGCCUUCCGGAAAGUUCGUUGAAGAUAUACUAUAUGAAUAUACAAUAAAUUUGGAUCAUGAAAGUUUUAUAUUCGAUACAAGUGAUGAAAUAAUCAUGAAUCUUUUCAGUGAACUUGAUCAGCAACACAUCGGAGAAUGUAAUAUUCCUUCAGAACCGCAAGUAGAUGACACUUUGCUAGAUUUUCUUUUACUCUACCGACUAAAUAAUCCUCAAGAUCUGCGUAGGGUAAUCAACAUCGAUAUAGAUUUAUCUUCUUAUAACCCAUGGAGAAAUUAUGACUAUUACUACGUUCAUGAAGUUUUUUCUCAUUUGGCAAUGAAAAACAAAGGAAGAAAAGAUUCAAAAGUUCAAAAGCUUGUCGGGCGUAAGUGUGAUGGAAUCUUACGAAAGUUGGAGACACCAGAAGAGUUUGCGAUAAGUGAAGAGGGAAAAUUGUGGGAUAGGGAAGACGGAACCAAAUUCUUGGCCGAUGGAUUUAAGAAAUUUCCAAAAACUAUGCGAGACACACUAGUUCAAAAAGUCAAAAAGUUUAACCUCAGUUUUGUAAUUUCUCAUCAAUUAGAAGUUGUGGGUUUCCUUCAUUCUGGUCAAUAUCUCCAGCAAUUAGUUAUGGAUAUACCAUGUGGGUCAAUUUGCCGAUUACGUAGGUUUCCUACUACGAAAAUUCCAGCAAGCUUGGACGAAGUUGAUGAAUUAAUAGCAAUGGUGAAUGACAUGCUUAUUGCAAAACAAUAUAGAACUGAAGAGACGCUUGAAGAACAGGAAAUAAAUUAA